CAACUCUGGUCAUGAAGCGGACAAAGACAGAAACUUCUUCCUCUGAUGGUGUCGCGGACACUCUUCAGCCAUUAGACAUGAACGAAGAUGAUUCAGAGGCUGAGACUGAGCGACUGCACAACACGCCUCGAAAGCUCGCGCGCACCGCUACAGAGACGUCAUUACUCUCCGAGUCCAUCUACACAAGAACUCCAAGCAAGCUCACGCAUUCCAAAACCAUCGAGCACGAUGAUUCUGCUCCACCCACACCCACUGCCAUUGCAGACGACGCAACCAUGGGCGAAGCACCCACAACCGAGAACCCUGGGGGCUUGCCGCUGGGGGCGGAUAGCAGUAACGAGACAGACCUCGGUUCUCACACACCCAGUGAGGAGACUCACAAGCUACCUCACUACAUGCCUUUCGAAACAUCUUCAUCUCUAAAUUGGGCAAGCAUUCGAUCCCGGCUUCCUGCCGACUGGAUGUGGGAUGUCGAGUACCAUGCCGCGCACGCCAGAUCUGCUAUGCAGGAAGGGUGCUGGAGUUGUACUCCCCUGGAACCAGAUGAACCAAAGCACUAUCCUCUCACCAUCGCUAAAGCUCCAGUGGUGAUUCCGGUGGAAUAUCAGUGGCCUCUUACUGGCGGAGUAGCACCACCACCAGAUCCGCGAGCUACAUCACUUAUCGAUAGUCGGGCUAAGAUACCACUGGAAGCUGUGAGAGAUAUCUUCCUUACCUUUCAAGGUAGUCUGGGGUUCUAUGUUCUGUUGAACGGUCUACUUCAAGUCAUUGUGCCAAAAGACUUCGAUACCAGCUGGGCGUCCUCACACCUUCCACACAAAUUUGGCGGUCUAAAGGUCUGUUACAUCGAACAGAGUCUUGAGCCGACUAUGUUACCGAACAAGAUGCAGAGUAGCAGAACUCUGCCUACUGGGCCCUCGCUCGGAUCCUCGAGCGCUUCAGGAAGCUCUUGGCCCGCUCGCCCGCUCGCUCAAUCUCUCGCUAAUAACCAAUCUCUGAAGCUCAACGACUUCAUAGAGGCUCGCCCAUUGUCCAACCAUAGGAAGGAAAGGUUCUCAGGGCGUAUCAGUCUCAAAGUAGCAAAACAUGGCAUUUCGCUGAUAGUGAUGUCUACUCACGUUAUCACUGAAGCAGUUCUUGCGAAAUCGCACCGUGACACUCUACUUGGUCGGAAACAUGAUGAUCGCUAUCGGAGACUAGACGAUGACUGGAAUGAACACGUUGAGAUAUGGGCUGGCAGCGGAAAGAUUGGCACAAUCUACGAAAGCUUGGAUAAAGAGGCAGAGAUAUAUCCAAACGGCUUUCGUCAUGAUGUCACACUUGUUAAACCUACGUCGCCCAUGGUGGUAAAGGACAUUACAUCUCCUAUACCGGACCUCGGGUGGCUCAAUCAUGACUCUUGGGCUUCGCUCCGCCAGCAAUCAUCAAGUGUCAAGAUUCUAGCGGAUGCUGAAGGUUCCCGAUCAGCGAAGAGCAUCAAAUCUAGCCGACCAUCGGAUGUUCUCGUUGUAGGGGAAGGCAUUUUUCUUAACCAAAAGGCCGCAGCGGGUGGCUCAAAGACUCUCAAAGACCACGAUGCAUCAACAUGGAAGGAUCUCGUGUCGCGCGCUCUCCUGUAUCGUGUGUUUCCUGACUUUGAUCCUCCCAACGGUCAAAGUGGCACCGCGCUCUAUGCAGAUGGCAUAAGAGAAGACGGCACCCAAGGCCCGGGCGUUGUGGGCUUCCAAAGCUUCGUGCAGCGCAGUGGUCAUGUACAGAAUUUCGAGAUGGAAGGUCCUGCGCUCGAGCGGAGAUUGCAGUUGGGAAGAGUGGCGUUCUACGGGGCAUUCGAAGUUCCUGCUGAGCUGAAAAAGUACAAAAUAGUUUGA